AAAAGCUUCACUCGUCAAUUUCACAAUUCCAAACAAACCUGGGUUUAGGGUUUAGUUCUCAAUUUCCGUUCUCGAUGAUGAUGAGCCACAUUCUCCGCCGCAAGAGCCUCUUCACCGCCUCUGCUUCUCGCUGCUUCUCCUCCUUCCCGCCGCUCCUUCAUCAAGUCUCUGGGUUCUCAUCUUCUCCGAGCCACCGCCGCGAUGCCAAUUUUUCCUCCGCCGCAUCGCCGGAUCCAGACGCCGUCAACAACGUCCCCCCCACCACCGGCACCACCCCGUUCCUAACCGCCGUCGAGAUUGAGAAAGCUUUUCUGGAAAACAAGAUUCCGGGUCCUCGUCCUAUCGCCACCGCACCCGCCUCCGGCAGUCUCUCAAUCCUUCCUAGGGGCCCCGAUAAAGGCGAGUAUGAAGAUGAUUCUGAUUCUGAUUCUGAUGAUGACUCUGAUGAACCUACUUCCAAUUCCGAUGUUAAUUCAGAAACUGCUGUUACUCCAGACAGAUUGGUUCUGAAAUCUGUGACCUAUUUGGUAGAAUUCAAUGAAACUGAAAUUGAAACAGUGCUGACAAACAGAGCUAGUAUUGUAGAUAAAUGGAUUGACCAAGUCUCGUCGACGCUUGCCCCUGGGAGCGUGAUAGGGUUCGGCUGCGACAUGGGGCCGACGUUGAUGAUGCAAUUUUGUGUUGACAACAAGUGUUUGAUCUACCAUAUGCGUCACAAGGAUAUUUCGCCGAUGUUGAUCCGGGAUUUCGUGACGAAGUUCACAUUUGUUGGGGUUGGAAUCAAGAGGUUUAUGGGUGCGCUUGAGUUUUAUGGGCUGGUGGAUUUUAAUUAUGUUGAUGUAGCGAAGUUGGCGAAGGCGAAAUGGCCUGAGAAGUAUGAUUCACUACCUGAACUGCAUUGUUUGGCAAAGGACCUUGGUAUCAAGAAGUCAGUUGAUGUGAAGAGGCCAUGCCUUUGGAAAUCAGAUGAGUUGACUACAACCCAGAUUGAAAAUGCUUGUCUUGAUGCUUUUGUCUCUUAUAAGCUUGGUAAAGAGUUAGUUUAGGUUGAUGAUAGUGGACUAGCAAUUGUUUUGAUUGAUUCAAUGCCAUUUUGUACAAGCAAUUGCUUUGAUUGAUUUAAUGUAGAGAUCUGCAUUUCGCUUCAA